AUGUCAGACUCCGUGUGGGAAUACCGUGAAACAGAAGACGAACCCCGCCUGUACCACUGCCCUGCCCCAGGGUGCACCUACAGCGUCAAAACGAAGCGCUCCCUGGUAGAACACAUGAGGCAACACCAGCCCGGCAAAGGACGUAUCCUCCUCAAAUGCCCUCUAUGUCCAUUCGUUUCCACCACCUUGAGGACCCAUAGGUAUACCGCUCACCCUGAGUUCUCUCACGAGGACUGGGUACACCGUCAGCAGUUGCAGUCCUCGACGGAGCACUUGGAAGAGACCAUGUCUGUCGCUGAUCAGCCCCCAGCAUCACCACCCCAGAUGGAUGAAGACUACUCCAACCUUGAUUUUGAUGACCUCGAUGAACCCUACCCCGAGGACUUCAAGUGGAUCCAAGACCUUAAGCGUGCUGAAGAGGCUCAAAAGAUGCAAAAGUGGCAGCAGUGGGAGGACCCGGUUGCCAUUCAGCUGGACGAUGUCACCAGGAACGAGCGGUUGAAGGAGUUGGAGAUCGUUCAAGGCCUUAAUGCUCUAAAAGCUGAGUCCUCGGUUCUUGAUGAGUUUAGCUAUCUUCCUGGCCUCUGA